UAUUUAAAUACUCGUAGUUAAUUUGAUAACUGCAAUUUAGAUGGAGCAAAUAUGUCCUGGCCCUGCAAAUUGGCUGUUGCCCUGCAACAUUUUAGUGCCAGCCUACCUGUACCUGCUGUCACAACCAACAGCAGCAGCAGCAGCAGUUGCACCAGCGCCUGCACUUGUAAAUGCAAAUGUUGUAGCGGUCUUAUCCAGAAAUACGUAAAUUUUGACGAGGAGGCAACUUCAAUCGGCGGUCCAGUGCAGAAGAUGGUGCGUUUCAGCACUAUGGACAUGAUGCGUCUUCUGCGCAUUGCUCAAUCCUGCGAGAAUUUUUGGAGCAAUCAAUACUAUAAAGUGGAUUUGCUAUCGGAUUACAAAGCGUUGGGCGCUGCUUUUGGAGCGCAGCCAAACACCGUGAAUGUUGCACAAUUAGAGCAGAUCAUGGACACCAUAACGUCAGGCUAUCGUCGCGCCUUGGCCAAGCUAAGCGACAGCGAAUCGCGUACUGCCCUAAGGCCAACGGGAGCUGCUCCCCCUUUGCCAGGCUUGCGCUGCGGCUGCGAGGAUUGCACGCAACUGCCCUGGCACAGACUGCAGCAGCUGGAAGCGCAUCAAUGGCAGCACAAAUUUAAAGAUAACUGGCAUUGUCGUUUAUGCUAUCGACGCUACUUUCUGCAGCACACGCUGCUCUCGCAUAGGAGCAGAAGAGUGAAACGAGGCGAGGCGGGCACAUUGUUGGAGAACGAGUCGUAUAAGCUAAUGCUGAUGGAGCAGCAGCAACGAGAAGUGUCGGAGAGUCAGCAGCAGUCUGUUCUGCAUGUUUCCAUGCUCAGCGACAACCAAUCUGAUUUCAGACAGGAACCGAAGCCACAAUUGCCGAAGUCGUCUCGCAAGCGACUCUUUCUCGCCGCCUGCCCACAAUGCAACCGAAGUUACCUACACAGCUACAGUCAUCAGCUGCACACAAGGAAACACCAUGUGAUGCCUCACUCCAGCCGGCGCUGGUACUGCUCCAGUUGCACUCGUAGCUUUCUCAGUCGUCGCACUUGCUUGCAGCAUCUGCGGCGCGUUCGCAAGGCGUGUCGCCUGCGCCUGCGUAGAUUCAAGUGCUCCAGCUGCAGGUGGCGCUUCCAGCUGGAGCGUUCGCUGCGUGCGCAUGUGGCUUUGGCACAUAAGCGUAACUUUAGUUGCCUCAUCUGUAAAUUGCCCUCGCAGUGUCGCUGCUGCGACAAGCACAGCCCAGAAGAAGCCCGGGCGGCGAAUCGUGCACGGAUGCAAAGGCGUCGACUGGAGCUGGGCCUUUCCCCACAACCCGAUCCCAAGCCAGCGACUAAAGUGGCUUGUGACAUGUGCCAAAGGGAAUUCCAGAACAGUUUCCUACUCAAUAUCCACGUCAAGCGGAUUCAUCUCAAGCAGAAGGAUUUCAUCUGCGAGACAUGCGGCAGGGGCUUCUACUGCAAAAAGGAGGUCUACGAGCACGUUAGGAAGGUCCACCUGAAGCAUGAUUCUGUUUACUGUGAGCCCUGCGGCAUCACCAUCAAGGAGAAGAGCAACUAUAUGCGCCACUGCGACAGCAUACGCCACGUCGAGAUGCUCGCCAAGCUGGCCAGGCUGCAAGGCGAAUUGCCCGCCGAUGCGCCGCUCCAAAAGCAUGUGCCCAAGGGCCCGCUACAUCACUGUGAGUGCUGCGAUCGAACCAUCAAGGGCCAUGCCGCAUUUAGAAAUCAUUGUGAAACCAAAUUCCAUAAAAGGAAUUUGGAAAGGAAACAAGAGAAAGUUGAGGGCUUGAAUGAGGCUUAG